UCGCGCUACCUUGGCGCAGGCGCUGUGACGUCACCGCCAUUGGGUCAGCUGGCUCCUCCAUCUGAGCGGUAGCGAGAACCUCUCCCAUUGGGAGACAUCACCAUCACCUCCCGACCCCGAAGAAAAAUGGCACAGACCUAUUUAUAGUGGCGUCCGUCGUCGUUUUGGGGGUCUCAUUAUCAUUCUUUUCCUUAAUUCACGUAUUAAUUUCCCCAGCCAGCAAUGGCUGGGCUCGGUGGUGGCGGCUGCUAAGAGGCAGGUGCGGCAUUACCGACGACGGCAUCGCUCUCUCCCAACUCGGCAUGGGCCGGGAGAGGCCACAUCCACUGAAAAGACAGCCCCACGGUGUCCGCGAGCCCUGAGGCCGCUUUUCUGUGCUGUUCGGAGGGACUCGUCCAGCUGGGCCGCCGCACGACGAGCCGGCGCUGGCGGGGGAGGAGGAGUGGCCCUCUGAAUAUUUUCAUCCUCUUCCAUUUCCUUCGCCGAGGUGACUGUGAUGCGGAAUCGCGCGUUUUCCCUGCGUUGACCCGAUCCGAAAACACACUCCACAGUCGACGAGACCCAUUGAAAGUCCGCGUCUGGAUCACCGCGGCCGGCUGCAGCCGCCAAGAUGAUGGACCUCCAGAUAGACGAGGUGGUUUACCAGGACGACUACGGCUCCUGCACUGUCAUGUCGGAGCGGGUGUCGGGCCUGGCCAACAGCAUCUACCGGGAGUUCGAGAGGCUGAUCCGCAGCUACGACGAGGAGGUCGUGAAGGAGCUCAUGCCGCUGGUAGUGAACGUCCUGGAGAACCUGGACGCCGUGUUGUUGGAGAACCAGGAGCACGAGGUGGAGCUGGAGCUCCUGAAGGAGGACAACGAGCAGCUCAUGACCCAGUACGAGAGGGAGAAGGCGCUGCGCAAGCAGGCGGAGGAGAAAUUCAUUGAGUUUGAGGAUGAGUUGGAGGAAGACAAGAAGGACCUUCAGGUCCAAGUGGAGUUUUUGGAGCUGCAGGGGAAACAGCUGGAGCUCAAGUCCAAGAACUAUGCUGACCAAAUCACACGGUUGGAGGAAAGAGAGUCUGAAAUGAAGAAAGAAUACAAUGCUCUGCACCAGCGUCACACUGAGAUGAUCCAGACGUAUGUCGAGCAUAUCGAGCGCUCCAAAUUGCAGCAGACAGGGAGCAACAGCCAAUCAGAUGGCAGUGGACGAACCAAAGCAGAGCGGCCACCAUCGUUGAGCCUGUAUCCCACCGGCGAGGGCAUGGUACGUGGGGGUCACGGGGGGGCUAGGAUGAUGCCCGGGAAAGACAUCUGGCAGGUCAGCGAGCUCGGCCAGUCCGCCCUCAGUUCGGCCUAUCAGGAGGAUGGAUCGGAGUCUGACUCCGUGGCAGCCACACCCAGCAGCGCUGGAAGCAAGUCCAACACACCCACCUCCUCUGUCCCGUCUGCCACCGUCACCCCAAUCAACGAGGGGUUCCUACCAUCCGCUGACUUUGAUGUGAUGCGGGCCGGAAGCCGGGGCAGGAAAAGCGGCAAGCGGCUCAGCCGGAAUAUGGAAGUCCAGGUUUCUCAGGAAACUCGGAACGUUAGCAUCGGCAUGGGAAGCAGCGAUGAGUGGUCAGAGUUUCAGGAAAUCAUCGAUUCUACUCCUGAAUUGGACAUGUGUGUGGAUCCCCGAGUGUACGGAGGAGGAAACAGCCCCUCCCAGGGAAUCGUGAACGAGGCCUUCGGCAUCAACACAGAUUCGUUGUACCACGAGAUCAAAGAUGCCAAGUCGGACAUCAUUGGAGAUGUAGACGCCGGUGCGGAGCUUCUCGGCGAGUUCUCAGGGAUGGGCAAGGAAGUGGAGAACCUGCUGACAGAGAACAAACAGCUCCUAGAAACCAAAAACGCUCUCAACAUUGUCAAAGACGAUCUUAUUGCCAAAGUGGACGAGCUGUCCAGCGAGCACGAGGUGCUGCGGGAGGAGCUGGAGGCGGUGAGGCAGUCCAAGAACAAGGUGGAUGCCAGAGUCAAGGAGCUGGAAGAAGAACUACGCAGGUUAAGAGCAGAGGCUCUCGGAGCAUCUCGGGACUCCAAGGAUGAAGGAAAUGAUGAUUUUUCAUCACCCAUACAAGACGGCGACAUGACCAUGACCCAGAGGCGACGGUUUACCCGGGUAGAGAUGGCGAGGGUGUUGAUGGAGAGGAACCAGUACAAGGAGAGGCUGAUGGAGCUGCAGGAGGCCGUGCGGUGGACGGAGAUGAUCAGGGCUUCCCGCGAGAGUCCUGCAAUACAGGAGAAAAAGAAGUCAACCAUCUGGCAGUUCUUUGCGCGUCUCUUCAGUUCAUCGUCCAGUCCUCCGCCUGUCAAGCGUCCGUACUACAGCGUCAACAUUCACUACAAGUCGCCCUCACCGGCGGGCUUCCCCCAGCGCCGCAGCCACACCAUGUGCCAGAUCUCCACCUCCAACCGCACGUUGGAGUUCUUCCCAGAAGAUGACUCGGCACUGUUGGCCCGCCGAGAGCAGCGGCGGGAACAGUACCGGCAAGUGCGCGAGCACAUGCGCCGCGACGACGGCAUCAUGCAGGCCUGUGGCUGGAGUGUUCCGCCACGUUUCAAACAGACUGGCGGUCAGACGGACAGCGCUCAGGACAGCCAGCUGAAAAGACAACAGACCAACAGUGAGAAAGAGGACAAUCGCAUGAAGAACGUUCCUGUCCCGGUGUACUGUCGACCCUUAGUUGAGAAAGACCCCAACAGAAAGCUGUGGUGUGCAGCUGGAGUGGACCUGGCAGGAUGGAGAGCCACCAGCCAGGAGUCUGGACCACUUCAAGCGGUCCCCAGUGGCAGUGACCCCCUGCAAGCGGAGGAGAUUGACGGAAGCAAGAAGAGCAACCACAACUCUCCCGAGAAGAGGAAGUCCAAGGAGCUGCAGGAAACAGACAGCAUGAGCAGCCGCGUGUGGAUCCUCACCAGCACGCACUCCGCCAGCAAGGUGGUGAUCAUCGAUGCCAACCAGCCGGGCUCGCUCGUCGACCAGUUCAACGUCUGCAACGCUCACGUGCUCUGCAUCUCUAGUGUGCCAGCUGCCAGUGAAAGCGAUUAUGCGGCUGGUGAGAUCGUGUUGGAUCCGGGUGGUGGUGGUGCAGGGGGUGGCGAGAACAGCGGCAGCGUGGAGGGUAUGUUGGCUGGUAUCACGCUAGUGGGUUGCGCCACUAACUGCAGUGUUGCCCGUAGCAACUGCUCCUCACGCACUGACACUCCCAUAAUGGACAAAGGACAAGCGCCUGUCGCGCCCCCUGCAAGUGGCAAGAUUCACUCGGCCCAGUCCGCUGAGGAGGCCACGGAGGCCACCGAAGUUCCCGAGUCGACAUCCGGUCACGCGGAACUCGGGUCCGCACCUUCAGGACCGUUCAUGGAACACGUGUUCACCGAUCCGCCGCCUCGUCCAGCAGACACCACUGACAGGGCCGCUGGUCAGCCCAAAGAAGAGACGUCAGUACCUCCAGAGAUGGAAGAUGGUGUUGAAGAGUCCAAGAAUUACACCAGCAUGGCACCCACCAUGUGGCUCGGGGCCCAGAACGGCUGGCUUUAUGUUCACUCUGCGGUUGGCAACUGGAAAAAUUGUCUCCACUCCAUCAAACUCAAAGACUCGGUGCUCAGCCUGGUGCACGUGAAGGGUCGUGUUCUGGUGGCCCUCGCUGACGGGACCCUUGCCAUAUUCCACAGAUCCGAAGACGGCCAGUGGGAUUUAUCCAACUACCACCUGAUGGACCUGGGCCGACCUCAUCACUCCAUCCGCUGCAUGGCGGUCGUCCACGAUAAAGUGUGGUGCGGCUACAAGAACAAGAUCCACGUCAUUCAGCCCAAAAGCAUGCAGAUUGAGAAGUCCUUCGACGCCCACCCUCGUCGGGAGAGCCAGGUGCGCCAGCUGGCGUGGAUCGGCGACGGCGUGUGGGUGUCGAUCCGGCUAGACUCCACGCUGCGCCUCUACCACGCCCACACGCACCAGCACCUGCAGGACGUGGACAUCGAGCCCUAUGUCAGCAAGAUGCUCGGCACCGGCAAGCUGGGCUUCUCAUUCGUGCGCAUCACGGCUCUUCUGAUUGGUGGAAAUCGCCUGUGGGUGGGAACUGGAAAUGGGGUGAUCAUCUCCAUCCCGCUGACAGAGACGGUGGUCCUUCACCGGGGACAACUCCUGGGUCUGAGGGCCAAUAAGGUAUCCCCGACAUCUUCCGGGGGAGUGAUCCACGUGUACGGCGACGACGGCUCCGAGAAAAGCAACGGCAGCUUCAUCCCCUACUGCUCCAUGGCUCAGGCCCAGCUCUGUUUCCACGGACACCGCGAUGCUGUCAAGUUCUUCGUCACAGUACCUGGCAACGUUCUGGCCACACUGAAUGGCAGCGUGCUGGACAGCCCGUCGGAGGGUCCUGGCUCCACGGCCCCUCCGGAGACCGAGGCCCAGAGCCUUCAGAAUGUGUUGGUGCUCAGCGGCGGAGAGGGUUACAUCGACUUCCGCAUAGGGGACGGCGAGGAUGACGAGACAGAGGAAGGCGAAAGCGACGGAGCCUCCCAGGUCAAACCUGCUUUGUGCAAGGCCGAGCGGAGCCACAUCAUCGUGUGGCAGGUGUCCUACAUACCCGAGUGACGUCUCCCCCCUUCAGCCACUCAACACCCUGCGGUGGAAAUCCCCGGUCAUGUAUCAGUCAUCCCUCGGCUCUAAAAGCGUACGAGCUGCGCGUCAUCCCUCGCGCCCAGUCAACUACUAACGUUAAUUAAUGCCUCGUACCUCGUCCUAAUCUGCCUGCCAUGCUGUUCCUGUCCCAUCAAGGGCAUUCUAAAUAUCAUCGUGGGCCUUGUAACUCGGUUUCAUAACUACCUCCCUGCCCCACUUAUCUGUCGUGUAGUCACCCCUUCAAGCACUAUUUCCUUCUAUAUCGUCCUGCAUCACCCAACGGUUCCUCCUCUUCCUUUACGUUUGCUGCCCGGCGAACCCAAAAUCGUUCUCAAAGCAGCUCAAAGCCACCCUGACAAAAAAAAAAAAAAAAAUCCAUCGUAUGUACCAAAACCAUCCCGAGAUUGACGUCAAGAUUAUCUUCAAAGUUGCCGUCGGUCAAAUUUCAUCCAUUACGAUACUUGUAAGAAUACAUUUGCACUUGAAUACAAAGUAAUGACAAAUGGAUGGAUUCAAAGGUGAAGGCAUGUUUAAAUGACGUUACCCUCCGUCAGAGAUAUUUAUUGAUAGAAACGUUUGAUGGAAGGUCGGAGGUUAUUGCGGUUCUUUAGGUGACCCGGAGCGGCUGGAUUGUUGUCACUGUGUACAGGGUCGCCGUGAAGCCCUUCCUUUAGUCAAAAAUUGAAAUUCAUGCAUUGAUCUCUGUGUGGAUUCUAAAAUAUUAAAUGUGUGCUGAUAAACAGCAAAGUUAGUGCCUGUGCGUGUGUAUGCAUCUCACACACACAAAUGCAUCAAAUGAGUGAUGAUAUAUUUUAUUCGAGCAAUUGCAAAACAAAAUCAAUCGUCCAUCAUCAAACAAAAA